AUGCUUCCAUUCAUGUGUGCAUAACCAUAUAGCAAUUACCCUUAACUUAACCUUUAAUAAUUCUAUAUGCUUCCAACAUAAGCUUAUGCUUUGACAAUCCAAAUGAAAGAAACCUUUGAACAAACUUGUCAAUUUCAAGAUCCUAUCAAAAAUGCAGCUGUAACAAAUAAUAUGGAGGUGAUUGCAGAAAGGGAAAUGAAUUCAUUGUUAAACUUGCUUUCAAAGAUCAUAUCUUUGCUCCAAUACUCUGUUUUCAAAGAGUUUGUGAAGGAAAAUUUAAAAUUAUUUAAACCUAACCAUUUUUUUCUCUCUCUCCUCAUUUUCUCAACAUAUACCUAUUUGAUCAAGAAACGUUAUAUAGAGAAAAAUUAAUAAAACAAAAGAGGAAAUGACUAAAUUUAUAAUCAGAAGAUAUUUUCUAUUUAUUAAAAGUCAAAUUGA